UGUGAUGUUUUGCUGUACAUGAAAUACACGGUGUUGUGUGUAUUGUGAUGGUUGUGGUUUUUUACAUAUACAAGUGGUGUUGUACACUUUAUUUUUACACAAGAGUGCUUUUGUGCAACUGUGUUUUGAUAUUUCCGGUCCGAGAUGAGAGCAUGUGCUUACAGUUAAGAUGGUUGUAUAUUUAUAACCCGGUCGGACAUUGACUUAAUCGGUAUGGAUCUGGGGCUUUAUAAUUUAGGUACCACUUUUUUUGGGAAGUCUAUAUCGGUUAUCCUUUGUGGGUAAGCACAAACCGAGCAUAGGAAUGUCUAGAAUGUCCACCGAUAACUGAGAGUUGUAAACAGGAAAUUGGCAUGACCCCCAUUCUUGUUUGAAUGGGAAACCGCAUUGACUUUUUGAUUUGUAUCUUUCCUGCAAGCACAUCGAACAACAAGGCGUAUAGAAAGUUAUUGUUACAGAGUACUUAAGCAUGUGUUAAGUGUUAAUUGUAUUAAAAGUACACGAAUUGUAACGCACUAAUUGCGGUGUAUUAAAAUAGAUUUGCAACGUGUAGUUAAAAUGAAACUGAUUCAUGUGGACAUGUUAGUGGGGUUUGGGACACCAAAAGGGUGUUAAAUUCUGGCACUUGUUACGUUUACAGAUUCAUGGCAGAAACAUUGAAAACAUCUUGUUGUAAUGUUGGGCAGCUUGUAUAUAUCAAGAGCACGUUGAGACAACACUCAGAUCAUGUUUUGAAGGCUAUUUUAUAGAGUAAAAAUCCAGCUUGUUGUUGUGGUUAAUUUCAUGCUUUGCAACAUAAAGGCAAUUUAUGAGAAGCAUACAUUUUUUACAUGUGUAAGAAGUGAUCAAUAAUAAAAACAUGUUACGAUUCGUUUGUAUUUUCAUCAUGGCAUAUGGAAACUAAUGCACACACCACUUAUGCAUUUUCAUUUUGAUUGUAACGUAGUCGGUUACAUAAAAAUGAAACGGGAUAUGCCUGUUCAGCUGGUGCAUUGAAACCUACCCCAAACCAAACACCGUAUCUGUACUUUAAUUGACACUUCUAAUUAAUUCAGUACUGGUAAAUGUUUAAAAAAUUCUUCCGUUGAUGGCCUUUCUUUCCUUUGUGUUGUUUUUCCAUGCGAGACUACUCCACACCAGGACUUCACACCCAGCCAUCUCUGCCGCUCCGAAGUGUAUGUAUGGUGCGAAAGAAGCACAACACACGUACAGCAAAACCACGAUUGCAAAGCAAGUUUAUGUAAAACAUCUUCAACUACUGUAACUUGAAAAAUCAUCCAACGACAAGCAACCAUAUUCCCAAAUAGGACCAUUGCAAUUCCACCGUUUUAUUAAUACUUUUUUAAAAAUCUAAUUAUAUAUUACCUGGACUAAAAACCAACAAGAACCACCACCGUUCGUGUAAAAAUGUCACACGGAAAGCGAAGUUCUUCUCACAGAGGGCCAGCCCGGGCCAUUCAGGAGGCCACCUCCGUGGAGAGACUGCAGGUGCCGGUGUCACCUGUGCGCCUGGAGAUGUCCGAGACCGCCAAGACGCGAGUCGGCGAGGCAUCUUGGGACGACAUGCUGGGCCCGGGCCAGGGCCAGCAUGUCGUCGAGACGACUCCGCAAGUGGCUCUACAUGGCCUGCCCCAUGACCCCCGCAGAGGUCGCCGCGUGUCUACGUACAGUCAUCUGCUGAUGUGCGGACGAACCUCCACCAUCCAGUCCCGUGUGUAUAACUUCCUGGAGCGGCCCACCGGCUGGAAAUGCUUCCUCUACCACUUCUCUGUGUUCAUGAUGGUGCUCAUCUGCCUUAUAUUCAGCGUGCUGUCCACCAUCGAGCUGUACACAGACUUUGCCAACAGCACCCUCUAUUGGAUGGAAAUAGCACUGGUGGUCUUCUUUGGGGUGGAGUACCUGGUGCGUCUGUGGUCAGCCGGCUGCAGGAGCAAGUACGUGGGUGUGAUGGGACGCGUCCGCUUUGCUCACAAGCCCAUCUCCAUCAUCGAUCUCGUGGUAGUGGUGGCUUCCAUCAUUGUCUUGUGUGUGGGCUCCAACGGGCAGGUAUUUGCAACCUCUGCCAUAAGGGGCAUUCGCUUCCUCCAGAUCCUGCGCAUGUUGCACGUGGACCGGCAAGGAGGUACCUGGAGGCUCCUGGGCUCCGUCGUCUUUAUCCACCGGCAGGAGCUGAUAACGACUCUGUACAUUGGCUUCCUGGGUCUCAUAUUCUCAUCGUACUUUGUGUACCUGGCCGAGAAGGAUGAAGCCAGGGAGAAGAAUGAAUUUGCCAGCUAUGCUGACGCACUUUGGUGGGGGGUGGUGACAGUGACGACGAUAGGAUAUGGCGACAAGGUGCCACAGACCUGGAUCGGCAAAACCAUCGCAUCUUGCUUCUCAGUGUUUGCCAUCUCGUUUUUCGCCCUGCCUGCGGGUAUACUUGGCUCGGGAUUUGCCCUAAAAGUACAACAAAAGCAGAGGCAGAAGCACUUCAACCGGCAAAUCCCAGCGGCAGCAACCCUGAUCCAGAGCCUGUGGAGAUGUCACUUGGCCGAGAGUGAGCACCACUCCACAGCCACGUGGAUGAUGUACGUGAACGCGCAUGCACAGCCGGGCGGCCCUUUCCGAGACAGCACGUGGAUUAGAAAGCAGGAAAAAGAGGACAAGAAGAGGAAAAAGCAGCUGAUCAAGCAGGCGAAGGGCGAAGGGCUUGUGAGCCCGGGGGCACGGCAGAGGUCCAGCACGUCCGAGGGCAACCACGCCAACACUCCUGACAACGGCACCAACUCGGCCACAGGGACAGAUCGAGGCGUGGAAGCUCCGAGUGGACGUCCCACCCUCAAUAGCACGGCGAGCUUUGACGACGGCGAGGCCUCGGAGGACAUCUCUCUGCCGGCCGUGAUGCACAUCUCACAGUUGACAGAAUCCCACAAGAUUGCCAUAAGGGUUAUUCGAAGAAUGCAGUAUUUUGUAGCAAGGAGUAAAUUUCAGCAAGCCAAGAAACCCUACGACGUGAGGGACGUGAUAGAGCAGUACUCGCAAGGACAUGUCAAUAUGAUGGUGCGAAUCAAAGAGCUGCAGCGCAGGCUGGAUCACUCACUGGGUAAACCCAACAUGUUUCUGUCAGAGAAGGGGAAAGAUCGAAGCAAGUAUACCAUUGGAGCAAGACUGGACAGAGUGGAAGAGAAGGUCGUACGCAUGGAUCAGAAGCUGGACACCAUCCUGGCAUUGCUGAGAGGGCUGAGCGACGAGGGAGGCCCACAGCUGCGGCCGGUCCACGUGCAAGUGUCGCCCGAGCCACUGGCACUUGCGCCGUCCCCCUCAAGCGCCCACAUACCUUUCAGCCAACAGCACAGCUGUUAAGAAGCCACCCCACCCCACCACCCUCAAAGUUCCUUUCCUACCACAGGGACCAACUGGCCACAUUUUUUCCUCCUGUUGUGUGAUCCUCUCUUCAUACUCUUUGGUUUUUUCGGUAAA